AUGAAUCUUAGCAAAACAACAAUUGCUCGAUUUUUUAGGGUGCAUGAAGACGGUUUGCACCUUAAAAUCGUGAAAAACGGCAAGUGCGAAAAUGUAUGGCCGCUAUCGAACGGCAAGUUUUUAUUGCCAACGGGAACAAAAAAUGCACAUGUGGUUGCCUUUCCUGCUGAAGAUCAAGAUUUACAAGAGGAUGAUGAUGAUGAUUUUCACGGAACAUUUGGUGCUGGGUACGUACGUUUUUUUGUGUUUGGGAUUUAUUUUUUUCUUCAAUGUUUCAUUUCGGUACUUUAUAAAGAAGGAAAUAUUUAAAAGCGCGAUUUGAUCGCUAACGCUAGAAAAUUUUAACUUAACUUAAACUUAUUUUACAUUUCACUUUCUUAUUUUUAUAAUCACAAGAGCAACCUCGCAUCCAAUUCCUCGCCCAUCAAUUAGUGGCCGCAGCCGAGUUCUUAGCCCACUGGUAACUAGUGCUGGGUUUGGGAAACGACCGGCCCCUGGUUUCUCGUUUAUCAAGUCUAAGAAGAAGAAGCAAAUGAACUUGGUGAAGGACUUCACGUUUUCUUCUCUGGACGAAGAAGGACAAAUGGUCAUGCUAUUUCCAAUCUCAAUCAACCUAACUGAACUCCUCGAAAGGUUCGGGCACCUGUCGGUCUCCAUUGUCUGCAGUGCUAUUGAGCAGGAACUUCGAGACCAAGGAGAAGUCGUGAGACUUGUAGUUCUUGACGCUCAGGGGCAGCCGAUUAUGGAUUCCUCCCAUACAAGAAGUAAGCUAUUAUAUUCUGUUUAUUCAUUCCUCGUUCCUGCGAUCCUAUUAAGUUUUUUUUCUUUUCGGAAAAAGAAACCGUAGGCAUUUUCGUACUAUUUGUCUGCAAUGAUUCAGUCAGUUCCAAGCAUCGUUACCCCCGACAUUUUUCAAGCACUCGUCAGCAGGAUAUGUGAGUUCACAGAGUGGGAUGUGUACCCAGGAAAGGGUUAUUCGUGUUGUUAAAUUUCAUAUUUUGUUUUUUAUAUAUGGUAUAGUAAACAAAGAGUACAAGACUUUUUUUAGAGAUGCUUAGUUCAAAGAGAAAUAUUUGACAAUUCUAAACUUCAGGUUUUAUAAUUAUAUUUUUUUCACCUUUAUGACUUCAUUCAUUUAUGACACAGAUUUUCCAUGGAGCUUCUUUCUAGAAAACAUUGUGUUUCAUUGUUCCCAGGGUGGGGCAAUAAGACAUACUGGUAUUUCUGUAAGGCAUUUUUUUUUUGUAUGAACCUGCUUGCUCCCCACCCCAUGUUUACAGCUUCCUUUAGAAAAAAGGACAAAUACCUGAUUUAAAAGUAAUACUUCACCAUAUUUUACUUCCCAGAAGAGGAAUUUUGUGCCUCACAACGAACAUUUAGAGCUAUGUCCCAACAAACUUUUCGAAAAUGGAAGCCACGGGUGUGGGCUGCAUUGAGUACAGGACUCUACACCCUGGAUUAUGAGGAGGUGCCAGAG